GGCGAUCUGGGUUCGCGUCUGCACGCCGUUUGUGCCGCUUUCGCGGUAACGCAUCUCACGGAUGUUACCACAAUCGCCGUGUGGCCCAACGACGAGCACAUGCCGCACAUCCGCUUCGCGGACCUCUUCGCCGUCGCGAAAAACAGCACCGGUCGGAGCAGCACGCGCAGAAGAAGGGAGCACGAGGAUUCACUGUGGGUGCGCAGCGUCUCCUGGCCGAUCGACCACUGGCGGGACCACCUCGAACCCACCAGGGAAACGGUGUCCGUCCCAGCGUGCAGCCACGGCGGGGCUGCGGGCGGGAUUCACAGCCAUGCUGCGGACAGCUUUGAGCUCUUCUUCUCUCCGGAGACGAACACGUGGCUGAAAUCGGACGCCAUGGAAGCGUGCGAGUACGAGCAGGCCGUGCAGGCGUGCCUGGCGUCGCUGCACCCGUCGCCAGCCGUCGCCGUGACGGUCGAGCGCGAGAACCUGAGUCGCAUCCGUGCGUCGCACGCCGUGCUCCCUGAGAACGGCCUCGAUUACAGUGCUUCCGGGUGCGUGCAGCAGCCGGGGGCAGCAGCGGGCACGUGCGGCAUGAGUCAACCCAGCAGCCCCUACCUCAUCACUCCCUCCCGCCCUGACUUGGGCCACGAGGGGCGGGACGGGGAGAACGAGGGGACGGAAACGGCGGAGGCGGCGGAGGGGGAGAGCGGGUACGACGCGCCGUUCCCCCUGAGAGCCACUGAGGCCCGCGCUUCCCGCUGCCGCGGGAAUACGAGGGGCGGGGGAGGAGGGCGCGCGGGGAAUGGGUCUUUGGCGGGCGGGCGGGUGGGUGCUAUGGGGAGUGAGGAUGAGCAUGGGGGGCCGGAGGUUGAUGGGGCGCUGCUGGGGAGUGUGGAUGGGGAUGCGCGAGAGGGUAGUGGAGGGGCGACGGUGGAUGAGCGGCUGGAAUGCACUCGCUUGGAGGUGCGUGCUGGUGGGAAGGAGGGUGUUGAAUUGGUCAUUGAGUUGCUGUUCGCUCUGAGCUUCGCUCACGCCCUGCUGCCCCCCCGCCUCCGCCUCACCCUCUUCUUCCUCGUGCCCCUCAUUCUUCUCUCCUUCCUCAAUCCAUUCUCACCCCCUCUUUUCUCUUCCCCCCUCCCUCCCCGCCUCCCCCUUUCCCCCCAGCUCGCGGAGCUCUUCGCGCUGAGCUUCGCGCAUGCACUGCGUGCCCCGUCGCCCGCCCCGCCCCUCGCCCGCUUCGUGGCAGCCCAGGGCGUGAGGCGCACACGCGCCUUCCUGCUGCUGCCCCCGCCUCAGGGGACCAUCACAAGCCUUACCGGUGCUCAAGUGUCUUUCACCCUUUCUUUCUCUCUGCCGCCCUCCAUGCACACAGACGCCAGUCGAAGGCAGCUUCAGGACUCCUGGAGCUCUUCCCCUGAUUCUUCCUCGACUACUGAUUGGUCCUCGCCCACCCCUGACUCGACGUCCUCUUCUGAUUGGUCGAGCUCUCCUGACACAUCGUCUCAGUGGACAGCGCCAGCUGACACGUCAUCGGAUUGGUCAGCACCAUCUGACCCCUCUUCCUCCUCAGACUACUCCUCGCCGUCGCCUGAUUGGUCCGCCACCACCACGCCUUCUCCUCCUCCCCCUUCUGAUUCGUCCACUGAUGCUGGGGCAUCCAACUCUGAUUGGGUAUCCAACAAUGACUGGCAGGCACCUAGCAGCCCCUCUCCGCCGCCUCCUGAUUGGUCCGUUCCUUCUCCCCCGCCGCCUUCUGAAUCAACAGGAGACACCUCGUCUUCUGGUCCUCUUCCGUCUCACUCCCCCCUUCACUCUUCUCCUCUUGCCUCUUCUCCCCUCCCUCUCUUUCUCUCCCCCCUUCACUCCUCUCCUCUUGAGCUUGAACGCUACUCGUGGAAGCCAAAGCAGUGUGGCGGCAACAUCCUUCGCUUCCAAGCAGCCGAAUUCGCCCAGAAGAUGCAAAACAAGGUGAUAGCUCUGGUUGGCGACUCUUUGAUUACAGACGGCUUCCUGCCCUCGCUGCUUUGCCAGUUGGCGCAGGUGGGCACGGUGAGCCGAGUGGAGGGCAGUGCGCUGGGCAGCUUCGUGUGGCGCCUGGACUCGCACAACAUGACGGUCGCCAACUACUGGAGCCCCUUCCUCAUGUGGACGUCUGCCAACCCCGUGGUCAUUCGCAAGCUAAGGGUGCAGGACCCAGGUCUGGGAGACACAGCAGUGAACCUGGGCGCGUUUGACCCGCAGUGGUUCGACCAGGUGCAGACUAUGGACCUCAUCGUCUUCCAGUCCGCCACGCACUGGCCGCACGCUGAGAGGUGGCUGAGGCGCUUCUUUGUGGACCGCAAGUGGCACCGCCUCGACCCUGAACCUGACACCAUGACCGCAUACAAGCAAGCACUGAACAAGCUGGCCAAGUCGUUCAACGCCGGCAACAGCAAGCGCUGGGACCUGCCUGUGCCCUACUUCCUUUCCGCUCCUCCCCGCCUCGUUAACUGCCAGGGCUCCUACGCCCCUGCCAACAGAUCCACGGCGUUUCUUGAGCUGACUCAUAAGAACUUUCAUUCCCCCCCUUCCCCAUGCCUUGGCAUCUCUGAGCAGUACGAGCACAUGGUGCGGGGGAACCCUCAGAGCCGCAAGUGGUUCCCUGCGCAGCGGGACAUUCUGAGUCCCAGCAAGAACAUUCGCUUUGUGGACAUCACACACCCGUCGCUGUACAGAAGUGAUGCCAUGCUGGCGUCGCAGUCACCUGACAGCAAGGAUUGCCUGCACCCGUGCCUGCCCGGGCUCCCUGACAUCUGGGUCGAUUUGUUUUAUGAAGUCUGGAAGGCUGACCCGGAGUUCAACAGUUGA